AUGGAGGCGGCGCCGCGGCGGAGCCCCGAGCCGCGGGAGAAGCCGCCGGUGCUGGACGGGGAGGCGGCGGGGGCGCCCGCGGGGGCGUCGGGCGCGGCCCCGGCCUCGCCGGCGGCGACGGAGCAGAUCGUGGCGGAGGGCGAGGCGGCGGCGGCGGGCACCUUCGUGCAGCGGCAGCUCGGGGCGAUGCUGCAGCCCGCCGUGAACAAGUUCUCGCUGCGCAUGUUCGGCAGCCACCGGGCCGUGGAGAUCGAGCGGCAACGGGUGAAGUCGGCGGGCGCCUGGAUUAUCCAUCCCUACAGCGACUUCAGGUUUUACUGGGACCUCAUCAUGCUGCUCCUGAUGGUGGGGAAUUUGAUCAUCCUGCCCGUGGGCAUCACCUUCUUCAAGGAUGAGAACACCCCUCCCUGGAUCGUUUUCAACGUGCUGUCGGACACUUUCUUCUUGGCUGACCUGGUGCUGAACUUCCGGACGGGCAUCGUGGUGGAGGACAACACGGAGAUCAUCCUCGACCCUCACACCAUCAAGAUGAAGUACUUGAAGAGCUGGUUCCUGGUGGACUUCAUCUCCUCCAUCCCUGUUGACUACAUUUUCCUCAUUGUUGACCUGGAGACCCAGGUGGACUCCGACGUCUACAAGACGGCGCGGGCGCUGCGCAUCGUGCGCUUCACCAAGAUCCUCAGCCUGCUGCGCCUGCUGCGCCUCUCGCGCCUCAUCCGCUACAUCCACCAGUGGGAGGAGAUCUUCCACAUGACGUACGACCUGGCCAGCGCCGUGGUGAGGAUCUUCAACCUCAUCGGGAUGAUGCUGCUGCUGUGCCACUGGGACGGCUGCCUCCAGUUCCUGGUGCCCAUGCUGCAGGACUUCCCUGAGGACUGCUGGGUCUCCAAGAACCACAUGGUGAACGACUCGUGGGGCAAGCAGUACUCGCACGCCCUGUUCAAGGCCAUGAGCCACAUGCUGUGCAUCGGCUACGGGCAGCAGGCGCCCGAGGGCAUGACCGACGUGUGGCUCACCAUGCUCAGCAUGAUCGUGGGGGCCACCUGCUACGCCAUGUUCAUCGGCCACGCCACCGCCCUCAUCCAGUCGCUGGACUCGUCCCGCCGCCAGUACCAGGAGAAGUACAAGCAAGUGGAGCAGUACAUGUCAUUCCACAAGCUGCCCGGGGACACGCGCCAGCGCAUCCACGAGUACUACGAGCACCGCUACCAGGGCAAGAUGUUUGAUGAGGAGAACAUCCUGGGGGAGCUCAGUGAGCCCCUCAAAGAGGAAAUCAUCAACUUCAACUGCCGCAACCUGGUGGCCAACAUGCCCCUGUUUGCCAACGCCGACCCCAACUUUGUGACAGCCAUGCUGACCAAGCUGCGCUUCGAGGUCUUCCAGCCUGGCGACUUCAUCAUCCGCGAGGGCACCGUGGGCAAAAAGAUGUACUUCAUCCAGCACGGCGUGGUCAGCAUCCUCACCAAGGGCAACAAGGAGACCAAGCUGUCUGAUGGCUCCUACUUUGGGGAGAUCUGCCUGCUGACGCGGGGCAGGCGCACGGCCAGCGUCAGAGCCGACACCUACUGCCGCCUCUACUCCCUGGCCGUGGACAACUUCAACGAGGUGCUGGAGGAGUACCCCAUGAUGAGGAGAGCCUUUGAGACCGUGGCCAUGGACCGCCUGGACCGCAUAGGCAAGAAGAACUCCAUCCUGCUCCGCAAGCGAGCCGAGCACAGCUCGGGGCCCCUGAACACCGAGAUGAUCCAGCAGAUCGUGAAGCACGACCAGGACAUGGCCCACAACAUCCAGGACCUGCAGCAGAUGGCGAUGGGCCGGGAGCUGAGCGGCAAGCCGGUGAUUUGGGAGCCCCUGGUGCACGCACCCCUGCAGACAGCGGCCGCCACCACCAACGUGGCCAUCGCGCUGACCCACCAGCACAGCCUGCAGGCUCACAUCUUCCUGCCGCCCUCCUCCAUCUCCAGCCCGCUCUCUCCCGAGGCCACGCUGCUCACCAAGCCCGUGCGCCGCUCCCAGCCCAGCCUGGGCGGCUCCCGGCCCUCGUCGGUCAGCUCGCCCUCCGGGGCUCCGUCGCACCUGCAGACACCGGCCGCCGCUUCGCCUUCCUCGCCCAUGGUCCAGCCCCUGGAGAGCGGCGGGGCCCAGAGACCCAGCUCGGGGGCUCAGCCGCUUCCCCGCUCGGCGCAGAGGGCGGAGAUGGCAGCGGGGCCCAAGCAGCCCCCGGGCGGCCCCCAGCCCCAGCUCUCCCGCUCCCGCGGCGCCUCGGUGUCCACCUCGCUGCUGCAGCAAGCGGCGGGCGCUGCGUCCCCCAGCUCCGAGCAGGCGCUGCCGCCGGGGAGAACGCUGCACUACAGCCUGUCCCGAGCCACCGGCUCGCACAUCUCGCUCCUGAUGCAUCCCCAGCAGCUGGUGAAGCACAGGAGCAUCCAGGGGCUGCCGGUGGGGCGGCUCACCCAGGAUGUCCGGCUCCUUUCUGCCUCGCAGCCUUCCCUUCCCAACAAAGUGGCGCAGCAAGCCGACGGGAGCUCCUUGAAGCAGGGCAGGAAAUCCGCGGGGAACCUGGCCCGCAGAUCCUCGCCCUCGGUGGCCGGACUGCUGGCCAAGCCGUGCUCGGGGGUGGCCGCGCACUCGCAGCCCCCGGGGUCGCUGCCUCAGCCCGGCCGCUCCACGCCGCAGUCCCCGGGCCCCGCGUCCCGGCCGGCGGCCGCUCCCUCCCGCAAGGGCUCCGUGGCCUUCAGCCCCGAGGUGGAAACGGCGAAGCCCAAACUCCCGUCCAACAUGUGAGUCCUGUUGGCGGCCGCACGGGCAGGAGGGAGCCGGGAGAAGCAGAGCGCCAGCCCCGCCGGCUCGGAGGGAAAAUGAGGUGAGAGGCAGCAGCCGGGGCCAUGGAGGGGCUGUUUCAGGCACGGGGACACGGCAGGGAUGGGCAUGGGGCCGGCUGGAUGAGGAGGGGGCUCUGCUGACUGCCCCUCCUUGCUCAUCACCGUCUGUGAGUUCUGCCCUCCUGCCGGAGGCAUAGGGCAGGUCAGAUUGCCCGAACUCUGGCCUCUCUGGGGAGCUCAGCUCCCCAAAACUGCCCCUCGGGGGCUGGGCCCCCCACGCUCUGUGCCGUGUGUCCCACAGCCUGUCCUCAGGGCCAGGCUGAUGAUGGCAGCUCCUCCAGCUUGUCCUCUGUCACAGCAGGGGCUGCCCGAUGCCCACGUCUGUCCCCAGACUGCUCUGCCCAGCCCCUGCCCAGCCCCUUUGCCUUCGGGGAGAGCAGGCAGAGGCACCCCCUGGUUCCUCUGCCAGGGUGGAGGCAGGAGGCUGGAGCCCAUGGCAGGGGCAUGGGGGCCCAGGGGCAGCGCUCCCCCUUCCCAGAGUGCCAGGACCACCUGGGGGUCCUGGGCAGGGCUCCCCUGGUGUGACGAGUGCCAAGGGG